GUACUUCACCAACAUAUCCAUCGGCGGGCGUGACUAUUCCUUCAACAGUGACGGCUACCUGUCCAAACCGCUGCUCGAUGUCAUCUCCUACACCAACGGGAGGGGCUGGGAGGAGGUUGGCUGGUGGGAAAAUGGCCACCUGCGCCUGCGGUACCAUCCCUGGUCUCGAUACGGCUCCUUCCUGAAGCCUCUGGAUGACGCCCAGCACCUACGAGUGGUGACUUUGGAGGAGAGGCCGUUUGUCAUCGUGGAGCCGGCUGAUCCGGGCACCAGCUCCUGCAUCCGGGAUUCCGUACCCUGCCGAAUGCCCGUCAACUCCAGUCUGGUGGUGGAGGGCACCGGGCCCAUGAAGCAUUGCUGCAAAGGUUUCUGCAUCGAUGUCCUCAAGAGACUGGCCAAAAUUGUGGGUUUCACCUACGACCUUUAUCUUGUGACCAACGGGAGGCACGGGAAGAACAUCGAUGGGGAGUGGAACGGCAUGGUCGGAGAGGUGGUGUCCAACAGGGCUGACAUGGCCAUCGGUUCUCUCACCAUAAACGAAGAGAGGUCCGAGGUCGUAGAGUUCUCUGUUCCGUUCGUGGAGACGGGCAUUAGCGUCAUGGUUUCUCGGAGCAACGGCACCGUAUCGCCUUCUGCUUUUCUUGAGCCCUACAGCCCGGCCGUGUGGGUGAUGAUGUUUGUGAUGUGCCUGUCGGUGGUGGCUGUCACCGUCUUCAUCUUUGAGUUCUUCAGCCCCGUUGGAUACAACCGCAGCCUGCAGAGCGCCAAAAAGUCAGGUGGUUCGAAGUUCACAAUCGGGAAGUCUGUGUGGCUGUUGUGGGCGCUGGUCUUCAAUAACUCUGUGCCUGUGGAGAAUCCCAGAGGAACCACCAGCAAGAUCAUGGUGCUGGUGUGGGCCUUCUUCGCUGUCAUCUUCCUGGCCUCCUACACUGCCAACCUGGCUGCCUUCAUGAUCCAGGAAGAGUACAUCGACACAGUGUCAGGGCUGUCCGACAAGAAGUUCCAGCAUCCGACGGAGCAAUACCCCCCUCUGCGAUUCGGCACGGUGCCAAACGGAAGCACCGAGGAGAACAUCCGCUCCAACUAUCCAAACAUGCACCAGUACAUGAUCCGCAACAACCAGAAGGGCGUGGAGGAGGCCAUCGACAACCUCAAGACUGGGAAACUGGAUGCCUUCAUUUAUGACGCCGCGGUGCUGAACUACAUGGCCAGAAAGGACGAGGGCUGCAAGGUGAUGACUAUCGGCUCUGGGAAGGUGUUUGCCACCACAGGCUACGGCAUCGCGCUACACAAGAACUCCCGCUGGAAACGUCCCCUGGACCUGGCUCUGCUGCAGCUGGUCGGAGACGAUGAGAUUGACAUGUUGGAGCGUCUCUGGCUGUCUGGUAUCUGUCACAAUGACAAGAUCGAGGUUAUGAGCAGUAAGCUGGACAUAGACAACAUGGCGGGAGUGUUUUACAUGCUGCUGGUGGCUAUGGGUUUGAGCCUUCUUGUCUUUGCCUGGGAACAUCUGGUUUACUGGAAGCUGCGUCACUGCAUGAAGCGUUCGGGCGGGAUGGACUUUCUUCUGGCCCUGAGCAGG